AUCACAACCCUGCCCUCCAACAGCCUCUUACAAGGAAACAAGUAAACGUUUCUUUAAUUGUCAGAAGCUUAGAUUACAGCUAGCCGGUCUGUGGUGGUUAAUUUCACCAAAGUGAGAAUAUCGAAAAUGAAUCGUCGUUUAAUACUGGGAGUCGUUGUGCUGGUCACUCUUUUAACCGUUGUAACGGAGAGCGUGAACCCUGGACUUCAAAUGAAAAUAACGCAAAAUGGACUUCAGUAUGUAAGCAAAAUUGGGGUACAGUUACUAAAGAAGACACUUGCUGACACGAAAAUCCCGGAUAUAUCUGGCGACACAAAUGUCGAUGUAAUAGGCCACGUCAGCUACGAGCUAAAAAAUAUGAAGAUAACCAGUUUUGAUCUGCCAGAUGCUAGUAUUGGCACCGUAUCGGAUACUGGACUGAAGGCCAGCAUUGUCAAUGCUAGAUUAAGCAUACAUGGGGAUUGGAGUUAUCAUAACCAUGGGUUUAUCCAUAUCAGUGACCAUGGCAGUAUUGACGUAACAGCUUCGUCUAUUUCACUUUCGCUUGUCAUUCAAAUUGGGAAUUCGAACGGUCAUUUUGCGGUAUCAACUACGAAUAGCGAUUGCAAUUUCCACGUUGGCUCGCUUGAUGUCGACUUCCAUGGGGGCGCUAGUUGGCUUUACAAUCUAUUUAAAGGAACAAUUGCUGACAGCAUUCAAGAUGACCUUAAUAAACAGAUGUGUGAUGAAAUCAUUGAAGAAGUCAACGGAAAAUUGGCAGAGGAAAUUGCAAACAUUAAAUUGGUUGCCGAUAUUGAUGAUUACGCCUAUGUUGAUUAUUCUCUUGUCUCAUCCCCAAAGUUUUCCAGUCAAGACCUUAAAUCUUUCCACAAGGGUGAAAUUUUGUCACGGAAAGACCAUCAAGAUGUUCCUGUGCCAGCGCCACCGAUCCCAGCCGACAACAACACAUCUUCAAGGAUGCUGUACCUGUGGCUAACAGAGUAUGUCUCGGCUUCGGCAGCCUACGUUUAUUACAAAUCAGGCGUUCUGCAAUACAACGUCACUAACGACAUGGUUCCGCCACCAUUUUCACUAAACACUUCAAGGUUUCCGUUUAGUAAUGCAAUCCCACAGAUUGGAAAACAUUUUCCAAAUUUAAAUAUGACCAUCGAUGGAAAAAUUACAAAGCCGCCUGUUCUGAAUAUGACAUCAGCGGGUUUGAAGGGUGGUAUGGUUGGUCAAUUGGAUUUCUAUGCCAUUGAGAAAAAUAAGACAUUGAUAUUUUUAUUCUCUUUAUCCGUGGCUGUGAAUUUGUCUGCGAAAGCUGAUGUCAACACAGUGAAGAAAACAAUUACUGCAAAUUUUACCCUCAACUCGUAUAAUUUGAAACUUAUCGAGUCCUCGCCUGUUCUGGGUGACAUAAGUGCAGACAUUAAGAACUUGAAUUCGUUGAUGAACAUGCUUUUUAAUUUUAUUGUCCUGCCAGAACUGAACAAAAAGGGUUCUGAGGGUCUUCCAAUACCAAGCGACGAUGGAUUUGACCUGGUGAAGCCUUCUAUUGAUUUUGGCGAGGGUUUCAUACGGAUUGCGACUGAUAUUAACUACACCGUAGCUACAUAGAAUCUUGUGAAAAAAGGAACUUCUCACAAUAAACAGAAGUGUACAAUAGUUUCUUCCAUUUUUAAAAAGUUUUUUAUAUACAUUUCACCAAAGCCAAAUUUUCUGAAGUAGGGCCUACAGAUAUAUACAGUUUUUACAUUUAGUACUAGUGAAUUUGUGGAAGUGGUUUGGCGCAGUGGGAAUGGUUUGUUUUCUCAACCUCAAGGUCGGAGUUUCAAUCCUUCGCUCUGCAUUUCGCUUGUCUUUGAGCAAGGCAAUUUAUCUACAUUGCUUCAGUCACCCAGUUUUAUCAAUGGGUAUCAGCAAAUUGCUGGGAGUAACCUGCGGUGGAACAGCGUCCCGCCCAGGGGGAGAACGGUGUAAGUAUUUGAUGAAGGGCGAGGGAACAGUGUAUCUAGGCCUUCCCCAGGUCGUUGGGUUUAGGAUAUUUGUUAUGAGCUUGUUCGGAGUUGUUUGGUGUUUGGGUCAAUGUGACGCAGGGCGUCGUACAACGACUCCAACUCCGCUCCAACUUGAGCGCGCGUCGUGGAGCUGCGUUCUUUAUAUACCUUUGUAUAGAGUUUUCUAUAGAUUUCUGUUAAUUUUUUUUUUAAAUUUAGUUGUGUAUUUUGAAUUUACAAAUUCAUGAUGGAGUCGCCAACUUGGGGCACAUAUGCUAGAAUUCUGAAGGGAAAGGGGAUUUUAUAGAAGCUAUUCAAAAAAAAAUUCCUCCAUGAUCGGACGUAUAAAGUAUGAUACUGUACGAAUGAAACCUCGUAGAUAGGUUCUACAUUAUUCGCUCAUAGGUUUGUUGUAAUAUGUAGCAUUAAGAUUCAAUAGUAUUAAAUUAUAUAAGAAAUGGAAUUUGUAUAUUGAUACCGUUCAUUAGUCUGAUAGCUGAAUGCCCAACUGGGGUAUACUAAUCAUCUACCAUCGGUCACUAAAUAGACGACAACAUCACCCCUUGGUCAAAUAGACAUAAAAGUUUUCACGCUGUAGAACCAAAAUGUUGACAGGUCAAUCUAUAACAAUUGAGUGUUUUUCAGUAAUCAAGCUAUUAAAUCAUUAAGAUUUUCUUUAUGAUCCAAUCGGAUAAUAACAUUAGGGCGUGAACUAUGACAAAUAAAAAAAAAUGUAAGUAUACGAAAGCAGGGAGUGUCUUAAUAACUCCCAGAUACUACCAUUUGAAAUCAGUAAGGUUAAGUAAGAUAGCAACAAAAACAGCAGAAUUGUAAUUUUAUUUUUGUAUGGUCAUGCAAAAUAUGUUGGAAAAAAGAUAAUAAUCUUCAUUACUUUUAAAAUAACUGUGAUAAUAAAAUAUUGAUGUAGAUUGAUUCUCUCUA